GUAGAAUAUACUUUCUACGCCUACAAAGUCUUCUAUUUCGAUUCUGGGAUUCAAGGUAGCCUUCCUGGAAGCUGGUAAAAGUCUCGUUCGCGUUUAUCGACUAAGGUAAACUCGUAAUAGCCUCAAGCAUACUAAGUGACGAACAUAUCAGUGGCGACGGGGUAAAAACCAUAUCCACAAAACAUAUCAGUGGCGACGGGGCUCACAAUUCACAAUGUCAAUUAACCUUGAACAGUUAGAAUCUUUACUGGAACGUCAAGGUAAACGAUAUGAACAGUUGCAGGAACGUAUGUUGGAGCUGUUAAGGAAACAAAUGAAUUUGAACCCACGAGAUUGUUCGUUUUCUGAGACUGUUCAGACUUUAAGCCAACACUUUGGAGACAACUCGUCACUAUUUAAUACUCGUUAUCGAUGUUUGAAGCUUAUUAUGAACGAAGAUGAUGAUUUUCUUACGCACGUGGGCAUCGUCAACCGUGAAUGCGAACGCUUUCGGUUGAAGUCUUUGUCGGAAGACCAGUUCAAAGCCCUCAUUCUCAUCUGCAGCCUCCAGUCGAGUAAGUUCAGUGACAUUAGAACAAGGCUACUAAGUCGGUUGGAGCAAGAUCCAAAGCUUACGCUUAAUGAUAUGGCUCAUGAGUACCAACGUCUCACUGACCUACAACGAGACUCGACUAUAGUUCAGAGUGGUAGUUCAAGCCGAUCUGAAAUUCAUUUGGUACAGCAGCCACCUAAUCAUUAUAAGUCUGCCCAUGCUACACCCAGUUCACCCCGCUCCAAUUCGGCCCAAAAACCCAAAAUGAAUCCACCUUCUGCUUGCUGGCACUGCGGUUCAUGGCACUAUGUACGGAACUGCCCAUUUAGGCAGCAUAGAUGCAGGAAGUGUAAAGUCAUCGGUCAUAAAGAUGGCUUUUGCCUACAGAAAAAGCCAAAGCGAUCCAGAAGUGCUAAGAAGCCUGUUCCUAGAUCCAGUACCAAUGCAUUGAGCCUAAUAUCUUCCUGCCAAAGCUCAUCACCAGGUGAGAGGAAAUUUAUUACCCUUAAUAUUAACGGUUAUUUGUGUAGAAUGCAAAUAGAUACUGCAUCUGAUGUCACUAUCCUCUCACGCAAAAAUUGGACCAAAUUGGGCAGCCCAAGCCUGCAGCACACAACACAAAAGCCUCGUACAGCAUGUGGUAAUUAUCUUCGUCUGUUAGGACAAUUGGAAUGUAAAGUUGCUUUCCGAGAUUCGUCGUUUACUGGGAUUGGUUCGACCAGCUAAAAU